AUGGACCGUACUCCUACCUCUUUCCCAUCGUCACCCUCGGGUCGCUCGGUAUCGAUCAGUCAUACGGCUAUGGAUGCGACAUAUGCCUCUCCUGCCCGUGCCAUUCCACAAUAUGUGGCAGAUCCGACAUCAUCUCUUGGUCUGGGGAUAUCAAACUGCGAUAUUGGAUCCUUGACGAGCCGUUCGAGCCCUCUAGCGUCCGAGUCAUACCCUUCCCCAGCACCAGAUUGGUCUGAGCAUUUGUAUCCUUCCCAGCGGCUUCUCGAUCCAGCUCUCAGCGUCGGUCAGUUUCCCACGACAACAAGCUAUGACAUCUCCGCCCCAUCAUUUGCCAUGUAUCAUGCGCAACCAGGCAUUUUGCCCCACAGCUACGGCGACCCGCUCAACACCGGAACAAGCAAUGAUAUGAUGUACUAUCCCCAGCCUUCUAUGUGGACGAACAUGUCCCAUCUUGAUGCACCGAUGUACCCAGACACCCAGUACGGAGUGAAGGAGGAACAGGGAGAAAGUUGGGGGGUGCCGUUCACAACCACAAGCACUGUUAUAGGGCCUGGGAUUGCAGCACAAAUGAGCCAAGAUACAAGCCGCAAGACACCGUCAGAAGAUCCGCAAACUCUUCCGGAUAAUGGCAGACCAGCCAAGUCUGAACCGAAUGUGGAUCGCAAACAACAACAACAACCCCAGACGGGACAGCCCGCCGAGGUAAUCGUUGAAUGGAACAAAGAACAUGACAGGAUAUCUAACGACAGACGACGCAAGGUCCCCUCUGCAAGCGGACUGCAAUGCCCCAUAUGCGACAAGGUAUUCACCCGUCGUUCAAAUUGUCACGAACACGUCAAAAGACAUGAUCCCAGUCGUAAGAAGAUGCUUCCGUGCGAUUAUUGUGGGAAGACUUUCGGGAGGAAUGGUGACCUUCGAAGACAUAAAGAUGCGGUUCGUUCCCGCUGGACUUUCCGUGGACAUGUAACUAGUUGCUGA